AUGCCAGAGAUUCACUCCAAGUCCAUUUACCAUGGCCUUCCCGUAUUCUCUAGCGAGAUCAAAGGUCUCACAGCUAUUGUAACUGGGCCUAGUGGUAUCUCCGGCCAUCAAAAGCUCAAGGUUUUCUGUAAAACCCGCGUCGCUGGCAGAAAUCUACGCUCUCAGUCGUCGGCCUCAUGGCUAAGUGCGAGAGGUGUUUGUGCAGUUUAUGUCUUCUGUUUUGCGUAUAUUCAACCGGCUCCCAAGGGAGCAGGGCUCUGGGGGGCGGAGGAAGAGAUGGUGAACGUUAACCAGAACCUGCUUGUGAACUUCCUCUCAAGUCUAAAUUUGAACAAUACAAUUCCCAAGCGGGUGUUGUUGCAGCAAGAAUCUAAGUAUUACGGUGUACACUAUGGUCCCGCGAGCUGUCCCCUAGAAGAGACAGAUCCUCGAGUCCUGACCGGGCCAAGUUUUUACUGUGACCAGGAGGACUACCAGAAAGCUUUCGCCGAGGAGCACCAGAUCGGCUGGAACACCACGCGACCAUUCCACAUCGAGGAGAUACUUCAACAACCUCUGGAAUACCACAGUAGCCUCAAGGCGUGGGAAACAAACGUGUCGAUCUCAAGCGCACAGGCGAAUGGGCAUCUUGUAGAGUGGGCUGUCCUGACCGAAGAGACCAAGAACGAGAGAUACCGUGGAGUGGCCCUGGUACAAGCGAUGAAGCCCCCUACGCGACAAUCACGCUUCCCACCGAUCCACCGCACGGUUAUGGUCCUCCCAACGUGGGUAACUUCCGCUUCAAUUGGGCAAAUUGGGCGAACGGCGAAUUGGACGAAGACGCCGGAGGUUCAGAAAGCGUGGGCUGAGAUCGCUGAGAAGCAUGGACUGCGGGAGGAGUUUGGGGACUUUGAUCGCGUCGUUGGUUUCGCCGACCUUCUCUUGGCGCUGACGUGGUCAAUUUCUUUGAGCAUGUCAAAGGCCAAGAAGAUGCGGGUAUUUCGGGUUUGUUGA